AUGAGGGUCACCAUUACUCUGCUCAUUAGCUUUGCGAUUAUUCUCAAUUCUGUUGAAUUCAGUUUGCAGAAUCUUCCGGCUCUUCAAGAUCCUAAAAAUCCUCAGAACCGUCAUAACUUUUUAAUGCGUGGACAAAAUCCUCAAGUGCGCCCACAAAAUAUUCAAACUCAAGAGCAUAUUCAAGUUGAGCCAACUUAUCAACCUCAACCAACUGUUCGUCAACCCAUGCCAGAAUAUUUGCGACCGCAACCAAUAUUACCUGUCCAUCGAGUAAACCGUCAAAUGGAUUUAGCUGGAAUGAUGGCUGCUAAUCAACAAUAG